AUGGCGCCUCAACUCGAAUCUUUUUUCAAGCAGGUAGACGAUCUGUCUGGCUCGUUUAUUGACCGUCUGCGCAAGGCUGUGGCAAUUCCGUCCAUUUCUGCGCAGGAUGAAAACAGAAAGGAUGUCGUCAAGAUGGCAGAGUUCCUUGCCUCAGAGCUGAAAGCCCUGGGAGCUGAAGUACAUCAAAGACCACUCGGCAAACAACCCGGAAAGGAACAUUUGGAUCUUCCCCCGGUAGUCUUGGCUCGAUAUGGUAAUGACCGAAAUAAGCGAACUAUUCUAGUGUACGGUCAUUACGACGUCCAGCCUGCAUUGAAGGAAGACGGCUGGGCUACAGAACCUUUUGAACUCACCGUUGAUAACAAAGGGAGAAUGUUUGGCCGCGGAAGUACCGACGACAAAGGUCCGGUUUUGGGCUGGCUGAAUGUGAUCGAAGCUCACAAAAAGGCUGGAGUUGAUUUCCCCGUCAAUCUACUCUGCUGCUUUGAAGGUAUGGAAGAGUACGGCUCGGAAGGUCUGGAGGAGUUUAUUUAUUCCGAAAGUAAGGGCUUUUUCAAAGAUGCAGAUGCUAUAUGCAUAUCAGACAACUACUGGCUCGGGACCGAGAAGCCGUGUCUGACAUAUGGACUGCGGGGAUGCAACUAUUACUCCGUCAGCGUUUCGGGUCCUGCUCAGGACCUCCAUAGUGGCGUUUUUGGAGGCUCCGCACAUGAGCCUAUGACGGACCUUGUUAACGUCCUGUCUAAGCUUGUGGAUCCGCAAGGCAAUAUUCUGAUUCCCGGCAUCAAUGAUCUUGUUGAGCCGGUCACAGAAGAAGAGAAGUCGCUAUACACAGACAUAAGUUACACCAUGGAGAAUCUUCACGAGUCAUUAGGAAGCGAAACAGGGAUCCACCCAACUAAGGAAAGAACACUUAUGGCUCGUUGGAGGUAUCCAUCGCUGUCCAUUCACGGCAUCGAGGGAGCCUACUCCGCCCCGGGAGCGAAAACUGUCAUCCCAGCAAAGGUAACUGGCAAGUUCUCCAUUCGAACCGUUCCCAACAUGGAGAGCUCGGAUGUAAACAAGCUUGUAUUUGAUCAUAUCAAGUCAGAGUUCUCUAAGCUGGGUAGCAAAAAUACGUUGGACGUAUGGCUUCAGCAUGACGGGAAGUGGUGGGUUGCCAGUCCCAAGCACUGGAACUUUGCGGCCGCAAGCAAGGCUGUGAAGCAAGUAUUUGGGGUUGAACCCGAUAUGACUCGGGAAGGCGGAAGUAUUCCAAUCACUCUGACAUUCGAGGAGGCUACUGGUAAGAAUGUCUUGCUUCUACCUAUGGGGAGUUCAACCGAUGCGGCACAUUCCAUCAACGAAAAACUCGACAAAAGGAAUUAUGUUGAAGGGAUCAAGCUGCUUGGUGCUUAUCUCCAUUAUGUGGCAGAAGAGCCCACAACAGCCUAG